CGGGGAGGCCGCGCGUGGCCUGCGGCGCGGGCGCGGGUGACCGGGUGCCGAGCCGGGGCCGCCCCGGGUCGGGGCGCGCGGCGUGCGUUCCGGGUUCGCUCCGGGGCCGAGAGCCGCGGGAGGGGGACUGCGACGCGCCGGGUCUGACCGGUGCGGUCCUCGUCGUCGUCGCCUGGGUCUGAGCACCGGCGGCGCCUUUCUGGGUCUGCACGGUGGUGCAUGUUGGUGAGCAGGUGGGGCGAGCAGCCUUGAUAGCAGGUGACGCUGGGUGAGAAAUGCUGUUUAUCCAGUGAAAAACCGGAGCGGGGCUUCCGCGAUGCAGCGUGAGACUCAUUCCGGAGCACUUUGGCCAUUUCCUACACGCCGAAUUUAAAGGGACAGGAAUUCCUAUCCCUUUGCAUCCUGAAGGUCAAAUAUUUGCCCAUCAGUUAUUUUGGACGGAACCAUUCUUAAAUAGGACUUGGGAUCUUUACAUCCUCGAUUCAAUUGCCAUACUUGAUAAAUCACGAAUUUUCAAUAAUUCUGUUCUGCCGGAGACUUAAACGUUUGACCUCAAUGUGAAAUGAAAGUAGAAAAUUGCAUGUACAUGUCUGUUGCUGUCAAGAUGCUGAUUCAGUGAUCAUGCCUGAAGAGGGAGGUCCUGUUCCAGAGAGCUGAUGGCCAGCAAGGGUAAAUGCUUGUCCUAGAUGUCAAGCAUCUCUCCUUUUUACUGGAGUGAAAAUCGCCUCCAGAGACCAACAGAACAUCAACUGCAGAAAAUGCCUUGCAUUUUAAGGAUGUCAGCAACCUAAAUUCAUGCACCUGUCUGUACAGUUGUUGUGGAUGGUUUGCCAUCUGAGAGCUCCUCGAGUUCUAUCCAGGCCCUGUGUCUGUUUCUGACAUGUCUCUGCUUCAUGCUUUGGGCCCAGUGCAGACCUGGCUGGGACAAGAGCUGGAGAAAUGUGGCAUUGAUGCCAUGAUUUAUACUCGGUACGUCCUCAGUCUCCUGCUGCAUGACAGCUAUGACUACGACUUGCAGGAACAGGAGAAUGACAUCUUCCUGGGCUGGGAGAAAGGAGCUCCUAGGAAAUGGGGGAAAAGUAAGAAGAGGUGCUCUGACCUGACGCUGGAGGAGAUGAAGAAACAGGCUGCUGUCCAGUGCCUGCGAUCGGCUUCUGAUGAGAGCUCUGGAAUCGAGACCUUGGUGGAAGAACUCUGCUGCAGACUGAAAGACCUGCAGAGUGAGCAAGAAGAGAAGAUUCACAAAAAGUUAGAGGGGUCUCCCUCUCCAGAGGCAGAAUUAUCCCCUACAGCAAAGGAUCAAGUGGAAAUGUACUAUGAAGCAUUUCCACCACUUUCUGAGAAGCCAGUUUGCCUGCAAGAAAUCAUGACUGUGUGGAACAAGUCGAAAGCCUGUUCUUACUCCAGCUCCUCCUCCUCAUCCACAGCGCCCCCAGCAAGCACAGACACAUCCUCUCCCAAGGACUGCAACAGCGAAGGCGAGACCAUCAAGGAAAGAAGCUCUGAAGUGCCCACUGCUGCGCAUGAGAAAACCCAGAGCAGAAGCAGACAUGAGAAGGAGAGCAAGCUGAACAACGGCACUGCUGAAGAAAAGCCUGCCUUGUACAAAAAGCAAAUCCGACACAAACCCGAGGGGAAGAGCCGCCCUCGCUCGUGGUCUUCCGGCUCCAGUGAAGCGGGCUCAAGUUCAAGCGGGAAUCAGGGAGAACUAAAAGCAUCCAUGAAGUAUGUCAAAAUAAGACACAAGGCACGAGAAAUUCGAAACAGAAAAGGGCGGAAUGGGCAAAACAGGCUGUCACUGAAGCACAGCGACAAGGCGGAGAGAAGCAUACAUGCAGGCGGCAGCAGCAGCAGCAGCGGGUCAGUGAGGCAGCUGUGCAAGCGGGGUAAGAGAGCCACAAGAGAGACGAGCAGGAGAGAUCCUAGCAGCACUGCAGGGCGAGACCUGUACGCGGAGAGCAGAGACGACACGGAAUAUAAAGAGGAGCCGUUGUGGUACACCGAACCAAUUGCUGAAUAUUUUGUUCCUUUGAGCAGAAAAAGCAAACUAGAAACCACAUACCGAAACAGGCAAGAAUCAAGUGCUCUGACGUCAGAGGCCGUGGAAGACUUGUCUGAGUCAGUGCAUGGUCUGUGUAUCAGCAACAAUAAUACUCACAGAACAUACCUCGCAGCAGGUACUUUCAUUGAUGGUCACUUUGUAGAAAUGCCUGCAGUUAUAAAUGAGGAUAUUGACCUCACUGGGACCUCAUUAUGUUCUCUACCAGAGGACAACAAAUACCUAGAUGAUAUUCAUCUAUCAGAAUUAACACACUUCUAUGAAGUGGAUAUUGAUCAAUCCAUGUUGGAUCCUGGUGCCUCAGAAACCAUGCAAGGAGAAAGUCGGAUUUUGAAUAUGAUUCGACAAAAAAGCAAAGAGAAUACAGAUUUUGAGGCAGAAUGUUGCAUAGUGUUAGAUGGUAUGGAGUUGCAAGGGGAACGUGCAAUAUGGACAGAUUCUACCAGCUCUGUGGGUGCCGAGGGCUUGUUCCUGCAAGACCUUGGCAAUCUGGCUCAGUUUUGGGAGUGCUGUUCAUCCAGCUCUGGUGAUGCCGACGGGGAGAGCUUUGGAGGAGACUCUCCAAUUAGACUCUCUCCGAUCUUGGAUGGCACAGUGCUCAAUUCACACUUGCUUGCUGGCAAUCAAGAGCUCUUCUCAGAUAUUAAUGAAGGAUCUGGUAUAAACUCUUGUUUUUCAGUGUUUGAAGUGCAAUGCAGUAAUUCUGUUUUACCAUUUUCUUUUGAAACACUCAACUUGGGAAAUGAAAAUACAGAUUCUAGUGCUAAUAUGCUUGGGAAAACACAGUCUAGAUUACUAAUAUGGACCAAAAAUAGUGCCUUUGAAGAAAAUGAACACUGUUCUAAUCUUUCAACAAGAACUUGUAGUCCAUGGUCCCAUUCAGAAGAAACACGUUCAGACAAUGAGACAUUGAACAUUCAAUUUGAGGAAUCCACACAGUUUAAUGCAGAAGAUAUUAAUUAUGUAGUUCCUAGAGUCUCAUCAAAUUAUGUAGAUGAAGAACUUCUAGAUUUUUUGCAAGAUGAUACUUGCCAACAGAACAGUAGAACUUCAGGAGAAAUUCCUACAUUAGUUUUCAAAAAAAGAUCUAAGCUAGAAUCUGUCUGUGGUAUUCAGCUAGAACAAAAACCAGAAAACAAAAACUUUAAAACUACACAAGUAUGUAGUGAAAGCAGUCCACAUGGAGAUGGCUACAGCUCAGGGGUUAUCAAAGACAUUUGGACAAAGAUGGCAGAUGAAAAUUCUGCGACUUCAGUAGAAAUGGAAAGAAUUGAUGACGAGUUGUUUUCGACCGAUGUAAAUAACUACUGCUGCUGUCUGGAUGCUGAAGCAAAGAUGGAGACCCUUCAGGAGCCUCGUAGGGCUGUGCAGCGAUCCGAGUACCAUCUCUGGGAGGGUCAGAAGGAAAAUCUGGAGAAGAGAGCAUUUGUUUCCAGUGAGCUGUCAAAGGUGGACGGUGGGGAUUACACUACACCCUCUAAACCUUGGGACGUGGCCCAAGAUAAAGAGAACGCGUUCAUUCUCGGAGGGGUUUAUGGAGAACUCAAAACUUUCAGCAGCGAUGGGGAGUGGGCAGUUGUACCACCGGGUCACACAAAAGGAAGCUUGUUACAGUGUGCAGCGUCUGAUGUUGUGACAAUAGCUGGGACAGAUGUCUUCAUGACCCCGGGAAACAGCUUUGCUCCUGGUCAUAGGCAGUUAUGGAAACCCUUCAUGUCAUCUGAGCAGAAUGAUCAGCCGAAGAGCGGGGAAAAUGGAUUAAAUAAGGGAUUUUCUUUUAUCUUCCAUGAAGACUUACUAGGAGCUUGCAGUAACUUUCAAGUUGAAGAUCCUGGACUUGAAUAUUCAUUCUCUUCCUUUGACUUAAGCAAUCCAUUUUCCCAAGUCCUUCAUGUAGAAUGCUCAUUCGAACCUGAAGGAAUUGCGUCUUUCAGCCCCAGUUUUAAACCGAAAUCAAUCCUCUGCUCUGAUUCAGACAGUGAAGUUUUCCACCCUAGGAUAUGUGGUGUUGACAGAACACAGUACAGGGCUAUUCGGAUCUCUCCUAGGACUCACUUUCGCCCAAUUUCUGCAUCUGAACUGUCCCCAGGAGGAGGAAGCGAGUCGGAAUUUGAAUCUGAGAAAGAUGAAGUAAAUAUUCCCAUUCCUUCUCAAGUUGGUGUAUUUGAAGAUCCACAAGCAGAUCUCAAACCUCUGGAAGAAGAUGCAGAGAAAGAAGGCCAUUACUACGGAAAAUCAGAACUUGAGUCUGGAAAAUUCCUUCCAAGAUUAAAGAAAUCUGGAAUGGAAAAGAGUGCUCAGACAUCACUGGAUUCCCAGGAGGAAUCCACUGGGAUUUUACCAGUUGGAAAGCAAAAUCAGUGUUUGGAAUGUAGCAUGAGUGAAUCUCUGGAAAUAGAUUUAGAAAGCUCAGAAGCAAAUUGUAAAAUAAUGGCACAAUGUGAGGAAGAAAUUAAUAAUUUUUGCAGUUGCAAAGCAGGUUGUCAGUUCCCUGCUUACGAAGAUAAUCCAGUUUCUUCAGGACAGCUGGAGGAGGUAUGUCUGUGCACGUCAGCAUUUGGCAAAGGAUUGGAUCAGUUUCCUGUAUUGAACACUAAUGUACAAGAAAUGAAUAGAAGUCAAGAAAAGCAGACCUGGUGGGAAAAAGCCUUAUAUUCUCCUCUCUUCCCUGCAUCAGAGUGUGAAGAAUGUUAUACAAAUGCCAAGGGAGAGAAUGGUAUAGAAGAGUAUCCAGAUGUUAAAGAAAUACCCAGUAAUGAAGAGCGUCUGUUAGAUUUUAAUAGGGUAUCUUCUGUCUGUGAAGCCAGAUGCACAGGAGAGAGAGGUUCUGGGGCGAAGCCAAACGGCCUCCGCAGGAAGACGUGUACCAGCACCAGCGCCAGCGCCAGCUCGGGGGACUCGGGCUCCGAAGGCGGUGGCGAGUGGGUGGGCCCCCGCCAAGAGGGGCUCUUUUCCCGCACUCACCUCUAAUCCUGCAGAGUAGUUCUAAUUAUUUUUACACGACUUGUGAUGGGAAUUGCCCUUCUGUGAGGCCUCUUAACCUAAAGCAACAAAUAGGUUUCUUCGAUUAACUGAUUCAGAUCAGUAAUUAUCUUUCUCUUCUUGCUUAUUUUAGAGUUGAGGACAGCUGUCCUGUUGAAGAUUUUUUCCCAGCUGUUGAAUUCUUGGCUGUGUGAAGUAGACUAGCCUGUGUUGUGGUCCAGAUGGGUGUGCAUGUGCUUGUCCCGGAGGUGCCCUGCGCGCACCACCUGCAGCCCCGCCCCCACCGCAGUCACGCCACCACUCCUGUAGCAUCGCAGCGUCCACGCCACUUCUGCUGAGCAGAGACGCGGCUUGCUCCCAGGCCCUGGGAGAUGUGUCCUGCCCUGCUCUGGGUCAGGCCUCCCCAGGGCGGGGGGAAGCCUGGGUGGCUCAGCCACGGUCUCCCUUCAGUAGGAUCUCCUGUACCUUCCAAGUAGAAACCACAAAGGUGUGCGUUAGAGACUUACAGAAUACUGUGUUUUCUAUCUUAGGAUCCCCACUCCAGAGUAUCACGAAGAUACUGUGGUUUGUGACUUUCUUGCUAACUGAGACGCCAAGGAUUUGGGGCGUGGGGUGGUAGGUGAGGCAGAGUGGGGUGAGGACCCCGCCCUGCCUGCUCCAUGCUGGUGUUGCAGUGUGGACACCAGAACGCCCACCAGGGCCCUUGUGGUGAGUCUACAGCACACAGUGAGGACCUUGGUUGCAAAUUUUAUUUUCUGGUGACUACAUAAAAUCAAAGCCCCCAAAACUUGAAGUUGUAAACAUUUGACAUGCGAUAAAGGCCACCUUAUCACCCCAAAGAAAUCUUUGGCUGCUGCAGCUAGCUGCUCUCAUGGCUAUGAUGUAGUGUAGCUUGUUUCUCAUCUUGUGUUGGAGAGAAGGUUCUGGAUGAGCUGUGCGUGCAGUGGGUUGAGUGGGUAGAGUAGUUUUCCCACGUGCCUGUGUGGCUGCUGCUCUGAUGGCCCUCAUGUGACCUGCCCUGCAGUGCCUUGGGAGCCCGGAGUCAGCGCACCUCCUAUAGGUCGCACUGUGUGCGGACGCCUCUCGGGCUCUCAACAGCCCAGCAGUUUGAAGCUAGGAGGGGCAGCAUCUGCAAAGCUGGACAUUUUAGGUUGUUUUUCUCUUUUAAUCAGUGCGUCACUUUAAAAACACCUCAUCUGUGAAGUUGGUUUAGCAUCUGUAAUAUGGGGAACAGCAGUGAAGCUUGCCUGGGCCCUGGCGGCUUCCCACUCACUUCAGCAGGCAGCAGACGCACCGAUGGUUGGUUAGCUUGGAGCCCCGCUGCCUGUGAAGUACCUGACUUGCUUUGAGCAUGUGAGUUUGUUGCCUUUUCCCCCAAUGACACAGAAACACCCUGGAAGGCUGUGGAGUCACCGUGAGAGGCCCGAUGUGAUCUUCGGGUGCUGUCUCACAACCUGGGGGUCGUCUUUAUACAGCACAUCUUUUGACACUUUACAGUGGGUUUGUGUGUGCGUGUGUGCAUGUGUGAGGAUUUAUGUUGCUAUUAUUUAUUUACAGACAUCAGAUAAGUUUUUAUGUAUUUUUCUUUCUUCUGGAGCUUCCUUAAAAUUGAUUAGCAUCUGCACUGAAAUAUAAUUUAACAGCAAGCAAAAAAGGAUUGAAAGUUAUAAAUUCCUAAAAUCACUGCCGCAACGAUGAUCCUAGAAAUCGUUGCCUAUGUAGCAGAGACCAAAUAAGUAGAUUUCAGACACAACCUUGAGCUCAGUUGGUUUUGGACAGCUGCUGUUCAUCAGGAAAGGCUCCAGGUGGCAGAGUGCCGACCUCCUCAGGCGUGGGAUGGUAGAGCACCUUCCACAGGGAAUGGGGAUGGAUUAUAAAUGGGCCAAGGGCUUAACAAAUUCGGUAUUUAUUUGUUUUCAUAGUUAAGUGACUAAAGCUCAGAGGCUUUCAACAACAGAGUUGAAGGUGUGGUUUUUGGUUUUGUGAAUGGAUGAUCACAAAAAGCAUUAAGAAAACUAGAGCUGGCGAUCGCUGAAGCGCACUGUGGUCUGAAGCGCACUGCGUCUCCACGGCCCUGAAGUACCAGUUUCCAUUCCUGGGCUGAGAUUUUUCCCGUGGUUGUAUUGUUCUGAUUUCACGUACACCAGAGUAACUGAUUUUUUUUUUUGUUUUGUUUUGUUUUGUUUUCUUGUGGAGUUAACACCAAAUAAAAAAAUUUUAAAAAGA